AUGCUGCACCUGGACACAGACCAAGAUCAGCUGAUGCAAAAUGCGGCGCAGUCCAUGCAGCUGACGCUCAGCGGAACCGAUGCCAAGCGGGAGUAUCUCACCGACGGCCACGACGACACAGAGCUCUUCGUGCAGAUGCGGGAGGCGGUCCGCUCGAAGCUCUUGAAGCGCACGAGCCACAUGAGCUCGGCCUUCAUCCGCGCGGCGGCGGAUGGUAACAUAGAUCAGGUCGACCUCCUGUUGCGAAAGCGAGUGCAGGUGAACACCACAAACUGCGACGGGCGCACCGCCAUGCACUUGGCUGCAGCCGAAGGAAGGGAGCAGGUGAUGAAGUUGCUGAUCGAAGCUGAGGGCAAUGUGAACAAGCAGGACCGGUGGAAAGGGUCCCCGCUCAAAGAUGCAGUGCUGGGGAAAUUCGUGGCUGUAACGGAGCUGCUGGUGGAGCAGCAGGCUGACCUGAAUUUAGACGACCCGGCAACGGCGCUUUGUGAUGCGGCAAGCAGUGGAAACCUCGUCGCUCUCAAGGAGCUGAUAGAGGUGAAGAUUAACCCAGACUCCGGUGACUACGACCUCCGCACUCCGCUGCAUCUUGCGGCCUCGGAGGGGAAGCUGGAGGUCAUCAGUUUCCUUCUGGAGUCCAAGGCCAACCCCAACUUCAAAGACAGGUGGGGUGGGACCGCCCUAGAGGAUGCAAUUCAGAACAACCACACGGUGGUAGCACAGCUGAUCUUCUCGAAGCGAGGGCAACUGCGCCAGGAGCUGGCUGCGGGCUGGCUUUGUGAUGCCGCUUCAGCGGGGAACAUCGUGAAGUUGCAGCAGCUGGCGGAGAACUCAGUGGAUGUGAACUUGGCAGAUUACGACAGCCGUACUGCCCUGCACUUGGCGGCCACGGAGGGCCAGUUGCUGGCCGUGAGUUUCCUUCUCGGAACCGCGCGCGCAAAUAGCUCCCCGCAAGACCGAUGGCUUUCUACGCCUUUGCAGGAUGCCAUUCGCGCCGGCCACGUCCACUGCGCGCGGCUUCUGGCGUUUGCUGGAGCUGCGCUUGGUGACAGCGCAACCGACGAAGACCGGAAGGACUUGUGUGAGCUUUACGCGGAAGAUAUGGCCUCGAGUUCUAACUGGGGCCACAUCCAGGUCUUUCAGCGACGGAUGACCGAAUUGCAGCAACGCGUGGCACGCUUGCUGGUAGCAGUGCUGAAAGGCAGAGCGCGGCCGGAGGUCUUCGACGCCGAAGCAUCGGCCCGAUUCAAUCGGCAGCUGAUCGGCGCUGUUUUGCGUCAGUGUCCGCAAAUCGCUGAGCAAAUGGUUGGCAUGUCGAAUCUCCUUCGCCGGCUGAAUGCGACAGCCAUCGCUCCGAUGUCUUCCUUCCUGGCUCUACUCCAGGACUGCAUUGACUGCACCCAGCACAGCAAGUGGUGGGCAUGGCAUGACAAGCAGGGUGGAACCAGUCAGCGGCCGAGCAAAAAGCAAGACAAAGGAAACAAGGAGGCAAAGCUGGACAAGUCUACUGGCAUGGUGACAAAGCUGAUGGUCUCAACAAUGGGCAUUUGCUCAACCUUAUCUGCGGCCUUAGCGAAAGCGGCGGCUUUGAUCCAAGAGCGGGUGAACAAGACGGUGGAAGAGCGGCACUUGAAGACGAAGGUCUACGUGAUCGAUGACGAGUACUUGGCCAGCAUGUCGGCCCAUAACUCGCCUUCCUAUUCGACUGCCUCCACGUCCGGGAACAAGAGGAGAAAGAAAGGCGGCGCGCGAAGCGUGGCCGGAUCCGUAAAAGCGCCCUCCAUGCGCAGCGCACGAAGCCAGCGAACACAACUGGAGGACAUGACGGAGGAUCCGAGAGAGUCGGGGAGUCACCUUAGCAUCAUUUGCACCGAGGCGGUCUUCGACGCCCUAGAAUGGGAGAUCGACUGGACGGCACCGACCUCGCAAAACUACGGGAUCAACGCAGGGCCUUUGAAGACAAAGUUGGAGGAGCUGGCCAACAGCAUGGUGGGCUCGCAAUCCGGGGUCAUCAUGGAUCUCAUUGACUCCUUGACGCACACUUCGGUGCAGGCCUGGCCGACGCCGAGAGCAGGAUGUGUGGACGAUGCAGCAGAGGCGGUGCGAAAGUCGCGGCGCAACAUGAUCCCUCGUAUCAACGCGCCCUUGGCCAACGAGCUGGCGCUGCUGUCCUUCCUGGCCUUGCUGCAGACUGCCCCCAUGAACAUCGACGGCCAUCCCAGCAAUGAAAAGGUGCUCCAGCGCAUGGACAUUUGCGUGCUCCGUAGUGGCCUGGAGCUGGCCACCGCGGAAGUGAAAGGGGACAUUGCCAAAGCCCGUAAGGAGCUGUCGAAGCAGAACAAGGUCUCUCGAAAGCAGGGCAAGAAGUGGCUCGUGGGCGGACGCUUUGGGCAGCAGAACAACCAGCCGGUCGCGGUAGGGAGGAUCCUCACAAAGCAGCGAGACCUACCUCCAGAGGACAUAUGCGCCAUCAUCGACAUCCAGGAUCCCGAUGUUCAGACAAGCCAAGCGCUCUCCAGCGAUGAAGAUGAGGACGAUGACAAGAAGCAGGUCAUGCGCCACCGCCACCACCGCCGGAGAGAAGACGUCCACAUCUUGCCUCACAAACCUGUGUUUGGCUCCAUGGGGCCUUUGCGAUUUCAGCUCAAUAUCCUGCAGUACAUUUUGGACUUCUCCAGCCUACAGCAGGAUGCUAUCAAUGAGGCGGAGGAACGCGCACAGAUAGAGGAGGACGAGAAGAAGAAGGUGAAAACCCUGCAAGGGCGCGAGCCACGAGACGAUGGGCCUAUCGAGACGGUCGUGAUGAGUGAUGGACAGACAAUCACUCUUGAUCGCAAGUACAUGAAGAGCAUGGCAGAGAUCAACAGCAACACCGACUGCUCCAGCGAGAACAUUGAAAGCGAAGACGCGUCGGAUCCGGCUGGCAGCAAUGUGAGUAGCGGUGGUGCUGCCUCACCCGCAUCCUACCGGGGAGCUAACACGCGUGUUGCACGGCAUCGUUCGGAGCACGGCGAUGGCAUUCCCAAAGCCAGCCGACUUGAGUUUUGCAAGGGGAUCCUUGCUAGCUUCGGCAUUCUGCGUGGUGGAGAUGAUGGAAAUGGCCGGGUGAAGCAGCGGGUGGCCAGGAAAUUUAGAGAGUUGGACGAGGAUGGUGAGGGCAUCUCGCUAGCGGACGUAGCAACGCUGCUCACGGAUGUCCUCGGGCGGAAGCUGGAUCGUGAUGCCAUGCUGCGACUGGCUGCCAAUGUCUUCGACAACGCUGAAAAGUCAGAACAGGAUCUUCUGCAACUGGCAGACGUCUUGGGCUCCCUUGAGUCCGUCACAGCGGACUUCAACGCCCUUGUGAAACGGAGGGAACAGCACAGCUCUGGCCAGACCGCAAAUGAUGGCGAGAUGUCUUGGGCCUGUGUUCAGAGACUGUCUGGCUUGGUAUUGCCACCCGACAGCAUUUGGCUGCGAGUUUGGGACACGCUGCGCAGGGGCGUGAUCAUUUACUUUAUGCUUGAGGUCCCCAUGCGCUUUGCCAUCAGCAACGUGGACAUGCUGCCGGAGCCAAGCCGGACCAUCUUCUUGACGAUUAACGUCUCCUUUGAUGCCUUCAUGUUUCUGAACCUGCUGCUCACCUUCAUGCGGGGUUACGUCCAGAGCUCCGGUGUCACGGUCAUGGACUUCCAUCAGAUUCGCGUGCGAUACCUCCUGGGCAAUUUCAGUUGGGAUGUUCUCGCUUGCUUUCCCAUUGAUCUGCUGGUUGCUGGAUUCUAUGACUCGCGGGAGUAUGCGACAUGGAGGUUGUUCAAGCUGCUCCACUUGCGCCACUUAUUUGGUAAAGGCCAGGGCCGCGUCUCGGAGACCUCGGGAGGCUUCCUCUUCACCUGCUUCAAGAUCAUGCUGCAGCUCUAUGUGCUCUUGCACUUCAUGGCCUGUACCCUCUGGUAUCUUGGCAAUGGAUGGCCUACAGACAUUGAAUUCCAGGAACAGACUACUUCGGGCUACGACGGGCCUGGAUGGUUCCGCAUCUAUGAAGGCAUGUCGCAUCGGCUGGGUGUCGUGAACCAGCCGCAUGUGCCGGUACUGGAGCAAUAUGUGCUGUCUUUGUAUGGGAUGAUGCUCCUGUUGACAAAUGACAGCACCGAUCUGCUAAACCCCUCCAGCUACUACGAGCUGGGGUGGCUCAUAGUCUGCUUCAUCGUGUCCGUGGCCCU